UCUUAAUGAACUAGUACAACAAACAUUGCAUGCCUCAAUUCAGGUGGAAAAUGACGGGAAAGUCUCCACGCCAACAGCCUCCAGGCCAACGCCGAGCUAAGCUUGACCCCUGUAGCUCACAGCUCAGACUUUCGCCUCUUGUUCGGAGAUAGAAAUUUUCCAAGAUAUGAGAGCUCCAGCUUUUGUCCAUCAGAUCAACACACAAUUUCUGUACCAACAUCAAUUGCGCUCGGCCUGAAUCUCCAAUUCAUUCUUCUGUGCGGAUACUCAUAAUUCAAUUGUACAUUAAAAUCAUUAAAACGCCCUUCCCGGUUCCCUUGAUCAACAAACAAGCUUCAAAGCUCUUCCAGGUACGUAGCUAGCUAGCUAUAGCUACCCUUUACUACUCGUACACUCCACCCCUCCAUCACCAUAACCACCACCAUCACUAUCACACGAUGCGAUGCUGCAGGCUGAAGCUCUGUUCGCCCCCAAGGCAAGAGCUCUUUGGUGAUCGGUUGCAUAACGUGGUGGGAACACUCGCUCAGGAAAAUCCGGAUGAGGUCGGAUUGGGGCAUAUGCAGGCUAUGGAGGCAUACCAUGCCACACGCUCAUACUCUGCCAGAAGUUGGAGGAUUGGCUCUGCCCGGCUCUCAUGAGGUCGUUCGGGACAAAUCAGUGACCUCUGACGAGUUUUGCACGGCCAGACCAGAUCCUCUUCUGGAUGAGCGAAUUUGGGCUGAAGAGGGCUAGACUCUCAAGUGGCUUUGAAAUGUGCUGAAGAGGCGUAUUUGGUGCUUGUACCUAUUACUGGUACUUUAUACAUACUGAGUACCUCCGUACUUGGGCCUGAAGCACGACAUCGGCAUAAGUUACGCCUCGUCAGCACUCACUUCCAAGCUUGGUUUUCCUUGCCCGUCACCUUGACUCUGCUCCUCCCCUCCUGCGAGGAGCAUCAGCAUACCGACACCGACCUCACCCUCGCCCCUCAACAACCCCUCAUUCACCAUGAUGAGGAGCAGCAGCCGCAGCCCCCCGUCGUUCUCUCCACCCCAUCGGCGCUUUUAAUUCGUCCUUUCCGACCCAACUCAGCCAACAUUCGGGUUUUGCGCUAACACUAAAGCGGACUAGCUCAAACAUGGCGGGGAGACUCUUCAGAAAUACACCCCACUUCCAUUUCCCCUCCUCCAUCGCAAAAUCCUUCACACAACAACACACAAGACAAUUCCACGCAUCAACCGCAAACAUGACCAUCAAGACGUAAGAUUUACACUCCAUUGUCCUCUCUCCCUCCAGCUAACCCUUCUAGUUACUUCGAAGUUACAUGGGAGGGUCCCGUUUUGGAGAACGGAAAGCCAACUUCCAAGGUUGCAGGUAAGCAAGCAAAAUCCACUUCAGCUUCUUCCACUUUGAUCAUGGAGCAUCAAUUCCAUCACACCAACUACCUAUCCAUCAUUGCUGCAAUAGCAUGGGGCUUUAGUCUUGCCCAGUAGUUUUGUACUUGCUUGAUGAUUGCAGUCUCGAGUCUCGUCAAGCUGCCGUCAUUAGCCUCAUCACUUAUACCCCCCAACUCACCAUCAAAAGCUAACACAAUCACCCUACAGAGCAGUCAGGACGCAUCAACUUCAAUCUUUACGAUGACGUAGUCCCAAAGACCGCCGAGAACUUCCGUGCUCUUUGCACCGGUGAGAAGGGAUUCGGAUAUGCUGGAUCUUCCUUCCACCGCAUCAUCCCUCAAUUCAUGCUUCAGGGUGGUGACUUCACCCGCGGCAACGUACGUCUCGACAAUUCAUACAUCCUCAAUUAGAUACUGAUGGCAAUAUAGGGUACCGGUGGAAAGUCCAUCUACGGUGAGAAGUUCGCCGAUGAGAACUUUGUCAAGUCCCACACCAAGCCAGGACUCCUCUCCAUGGCCAACGCAGGACCAAACACGUAAGCUAUACAGAUCCCAUCUUCUCAUUCCACCCUCUAACAUACAAUAGCAACGGAUCCCAGUUCUUCGUUACCACCGUUGUCACCAGCUGGCUCGAUGGCAAGCACGUCGUCUUCGGCGAGGUUGCUGACGAGCAAUCUUUGAACGUUGUCAAGGCUCUCGAGGCCACUGGCAGUGGAAGCGGAAAGGUCAACUACAACAAGAAGCCAACAAUCGUUAAAUCUGGACAGGCAUAAAUUAGUUGCAUUGGCAGUUGAUCUGGUGAGCCAUGUGAAAAGCGUUUCUUGAAUCUCUAUCGAGAUGCUUUGAGCAGGGCGAGGGACCAGGGGACGAAAAAACUCAUGAUGAAUAGCAAUGUUACUACUUUGCAGCCCCA